AUGCUGGUCCUGGUGCUGGUGGUGCUCAUUCCUGUGCUCGUCAGCUCCGUGGGAACAGAUGCCAGCCACUAUGAGAUGUUGGGCACCUGUCGAAUGGUGUGUGACCCUUACUUGAACAAGGGCACUCCAGCCAGCAGCACAAGCUCCACCGGUCUUCAGGCUGAGGCAGAGGCGUUGAGCGACAACAGCAACGUUCUUCCACCGUCCACCUUGCUUCAGGGUCCACAAGGAAAGCCGGGCAGGCCAGGAAAGCCUGGACCCCCGGGGCCGCCAGGAGAACCGGGGCCACCAGGACCAGCUGGGCCUCCAGGUGACAGAGGCGAUCAAGGAAGGACUGGAAUUUUGGGUCUAGGGGGCAACGGAGCUAUCAGCACAGCCACUUACAGCACAAUACCUCGGGUGGCCUUCUAUGCAGGGCUUAAGAACCCCCAUGAAGGCUACGAGAUCCUUAAGUUUGAUGACGUGGUCACCAACCUUGGCAACAAUUAUGAUGGCAUUUCGGGCAAGUUCAUCUGCAGCAUACCGGGUACAUAUUUCUUCAUCUAUCACGUGCUGAUGAGAGGAGGAGAUGGCACAAGUAUGUGGGCAGAUCUCUGCAAGAACGGUCAGGUUCGUGCUAGCGCCAUCGCCCAAGACGCUGACCAGAAUUAUGACUACGCUUCCAACAGCGUUAUCCUCCAUCUGGAUGCAGGAGAUGAGGUUUACAUCAAACUUGACGGAGGCAAAGCCCAUGGUGGCAACAACAACAAGUACAGCACAUUUUCUGGCUUCAUCCUCUACGCAGACUGAAAAAAAGACAGACGCCAGGAUUGAUGGACAGGAAAUGACUCAAAGAAGUUGUAUAACGGGGGAGAGGUGUGCGUGUGCGUGAGUGCGUGUUUGUGUGUGUGAUAAAAGACGGAAUGCUUUCUAGUUUUCCUAAUUCUCUCCAUCAUCACAGACACGUCUGCUUCAUAUCCAUCCGCCAAAACAUUCAGGUUCUGCAGCCAAGCCUGAGCGUAAAGCUCCUGAGGACACAGUGAGAUGGGCUGGCGGGUGACGUGGGUGGAGUGGGAAGUAAGAUGGGCUGGAUUUUUCUGCACCCUGUGCUCUCCACGCCACAGCCCUGACAUCUCAAAAGGCUCUUCAUUUUCAGUGUCUCUCCUCUGUAGCCCUGCAACAUUGCACAGAAGCAUCAACACACAUGAAAAAACCCUGCAAAAGUGGAUUAUCUCCCUCAUCUUCUGCGUACAGUGCAGUCUGCUGCACCGUCAGCGGACUUGAACAACUGGCAAUUGUAGUGUUGUUGCGUGCAAAUUUAGAUUGUGUUUUUAUUUUGUAGACAUAAAUGCUAUUCUACACAAAAGUUUAAUAACAAUAUAUUUGUCCCUUGUGAAGAUAUACUGUUUGAAUGAAUGUUAUUUGUGAUGCAACUCAUAAAUCUAACAGCUGGAGAAGAAAUAUUUAAAUCAAGACUUUCAGUAUUUUAUGGUAGCGAGUGCUUUUUCUUUGUCCGUGGAUACGAAAAGGUAACAUCAUAUUAUCCAUGCGAGGAAUAAACAAUUUUCCACACUUCUGAUAUAUCUGGAAAGAAAAAAAAAAAACAUCCCACAGAUGAUACCUUUACCACACACCAUUUCGCAUUUUUUUCUU